CACACCUUCAGGAAAAGAAGCUUGUUAUUAUGCACUAAAGGAAAUCAUUUGUGUCCUUAGAGUAAGAGCUGGAUUUGAAGGCAAGAGAACUUAUCAAGGAUCUUCCCCAAAGCUCUCUCCAAGUCGGACUCAACUGUACAUCAUGACAGACGUUCCAGUGACAUUCAGUCAGGUUGAGUGUAAUGGGGAUACACCCCCUGAAAACGGUCAACAAAAAAUCACUAAAAUCACGGAAGAAGCCAGUGGUAUGGAUGGCACCCCACCACACUGCAGGGUAGAAUCUAGUCUUGAAGACGAACCCACGGAAGGAAAUCAGGAGAAAAGUGCAAAAUUACAAGAGAACAUACUGCUGAACUCGUCCAUGGAUGAGAAGAUUCUAAAAGAAAAACCAGAAGAGAAUCUCUAUAUUGUUCAUAAGGCUAUCACAGAUCUUUCUCUCCAAGAAACAAGUGUUGAUGAAAUGACAUUCAGAGAAGGACAUCAGUGGGAGAAGAUUCCUUCGAGCAGCAGUAACCAAGAACUAAGUAGACAAAAGGAAAGGAUUGCUCAACAACCUUUAGGAGAGAGAGAAGAUGAGGAUCUGAAGAACAAAACUCAACAUCAGGCAAUGGAAAUUGAAUGGUUAGGAUUUCGGAAACCUAGCCAAGUUGAUGUGUUACAUUCUAAGCAAGAGGUUUGGGAUGAAGAAAUUAAUAAUGAUGAUGAUGAUGAUUGCAAAGAUGAUGAAGAUGAAGUUCGAGUGAUAGAAUUUAAGAAAAAAAAUGAAGAGGGUUCUCAGUUAAAAGAGGAAGGCGAUACAAGUGAGGACUCCCCACUGAGCAGCCCCAGUUCCCAACCUGUCACACCUGAUGAGCAGUCAACCUUUGGGAAGAAGGGUGAUAUUUCCAGAAAUGCUUAUUCAAGAUACAAUACGAUAUCCUAUCGGAAAAUCAGAAAGGGGAACACCAAGCAAAGAAUUGAUGAAUUCGAGUCUAUGAUGCAUUUAUAAACUAACUGGAACUGAGAAGUUCUCAUGCCCACUAAAGCAAAAGCUAAUUCUAUUUUCCUGAGAUGCAUCUUUGUAUGCCUUGAGUCAUCCCCUAUAAAGAAGUGGAAGCUUAACCUCUGUUUCACUGUAGAAUAAUGUGGAAAUAACCCUAGGCAAAACUCAGUCCGGUAACCUCAAAUCAAAAAGCCUUAGAUUCAUUCUUGGAUAUUUGCUUUUUAAAUCCUCACUAAUAUAGCCUGUGUGCUAAGCACUAAACAGUUUGACUUUAAAAGUAGCAAUGCUGGGAAAUGUAGUCAUCAAAUGAAAGAGGACUAUUUGAAAUGAAAUGUAUUUCUUUUGGUGUCUUUCUUCCUGUACACUGAGGGUGAUAGAAAGUCUGGUAUCAAAUCUCUCUUUCUUUAAAACGUGGUUUUAUAGACUCCGGCAAUAAACUUUCCAAAAUACUUUGCCUUUCCUAUUAUC